AGUAUAAAUCGGUGAUAUAGGUGUAGUGUGGUGAGCUACGGGUCCAGACCCGCCAGCAGCCGCCACCAGCAAGCUUCUCUCACACUUGGUUCUCCACACUUAGAAUUCUGUUUUCCUCACGCCAGAACUACUCGGACCGCUCCAAGAUGGUGAAGGAGGAGCAUUCUGAACCGGAGCAGAUGCGAAAGCUGUUCAUCGGUGGACUGGACUACCGAACCACCGACGACAGCUUGAAGGCAUACUUUGAGCAGUAUGGCGAGAUCGUUGAUGUUGUUGUCAUGAAGGACCCCAAGACAAAAAGGUCGAGAGGCUUUGGCUUUGUGGCAUUUUCCCAGGCAUACAUGGUUGAUGAAGCACAGAAGAACAGACCUCACAAAAUUGAUGGUCGUUCGGUGGACACAAAGCGUGCUGUUCCCCGGGAUGAGAUAGGAAAGCCUGAAUCUGGUGUAACAGUCAAGAAAUUGUUCGUCGGUGGUAUUAAGGAUGAUGUAGACGAUGAUACCAUUUCGCAGGACCUUCGUGAGACGUUCAGUCAGUUUGGAGAAGUGGUUUCAGUUAGUAUCCCCACAGAAAAGGAAUCACAAAAGAAGAGAGGCUUUGCUUUUGUGGAGUUUGAAGAUUAUGAUGCUGUUGACAAAGCUUGUUUACACAAGAAUAUCCAGAUGAAGGGAAAACGUGUGGAUGUAAAGAAGGCACUGAGCAAAAAUGAAAUUCAGAUGCAGCAACGUGGUCGCAUGGGAGGAAUGGGAGGUAUGGGACGAGGUGGUGGUGGAGGUGGUGGUGGUGGUAAUAAUGGCCCAUGGGCUGGUAACAGGAAUGACAGCUGGGGGAGCAAUCAAGGUGGUGGUUGGCAAGGGAAAUCUUCAGAUAACCGGAGUGGCUGGGGUAACCAAGGGAACUACGGAACGCCCAACCAGGGAGGACCAGGCGGCUACAACCAAGGUGGUUAUGGCAACCAGGGUCCAUGGCAAGGUGGACCACCUAACAACCAGGGCUGGAACAAUCAAAAUAGUCAAGGGUGGAACCCACAGGCCAGUAACUACGGUGGCACUCCAAACAACUGGGGCCAGGGGCCCAGUGACUUUGGCAACAAUUAUGGCCAGAGUUAUGGAGGUGGACCAAUGAGGAACCAGGGUUAUGGCCAGACCAACCGCACAACCCCAUACAGUGCAGGUAACAGUGGACCCAACAACUAUGGCGGCGGCAGUGGUGGUGGAGGUGGCGGCGGUGCUGUCGGCAUGAACCAGGGACCAAACAGACGGUAUUAGACAGUAUUGGACUUCGGGUACAUAGCAGGUUAGCCAUGCAGGCAGGCAGACAGGCAGGGCUUGAGUCAGGACCCCAGACAGUCAGAUAUGCUAGGACUGAGGCAGGCAGCAAGCAGAGCUAGGGUCAGAGAGAGCCAGGCUCCUCGACACCCAAGAGCCAGUGCAAGAAAAACAUUCCAUUCGGCGCAUGGACUAGCUACUUGCUUCCUGUACUAGGAAACAUGAACUUUUUUGAAGAAAAAUAUUUUGUGCUUGAAUUUUAUAUAUAUAGGAUAAUGUGUAGUGUAAAAUUAUGACAAAUCUACUGAAUUGAACCAAAGCAUAGACAGUUCUUUGUAAUAUGUCCAGCAAUGUAUUUCAUUUUACAAAUAAAUUAAUCCUAAGAA